AUGUUCCACGUGUUUGAGCCCGAGUACAGAAUUCUUUUAGUUUUACCAUCACUGUCACAAUCGCACAAUUCACACAUGAAUACUCCACCAGCAACGCCUCCAUCGUUGGAAAGUUUGAGCAGCUUUUCCAAAGAUUUUGACUCUAGCUCACCCGAGACAAUAUUAGAGACUCCUGUGCUAUCAAGCUGCAACGGUUCAAAAGAAGAAAACAAUCAUACUGACCAGGCAAUAAUAGACGAGCACGACAAUCGCGUGCCAAAGCAGAUCGACAGCAUUAAGCAAGGUGGAAACGAUCCAACAAAGGACGACAGUAAUAAAUUCGACCCUGUAGAUUCAGUAGCCGAAGUUAGCCGCGAGGACAUUUCACAAGGACAAUCGAAUAAAUCAACGUUAUCAACGUUAUGGGUUUUAUUCAAAGAAGAAAUAACUGCAUCAGAUUCUGAACACGGACACGACGCGAUCGCUGAACGUUUAAUGGUAUUUGGGUUGACUGUAUGUUUGGAUUCAUUCUUGUAUACGCUCACCAUUCUUCCCUUGCGAUUUGUCAUUGCGUUUUAUGCUUUAAUAAUGAACAUUUGGGAUAACGUUAAAUGCGGAAUUAGGAAGAGAUCAUUGAAUCUGUCGCAAACGCGUGACUUACUCAAAGGACUGCUUAUAGUUCUCGCAUGUAUCGCGUUACAACGAAUCGAUGCAUCACGCAUGUAUCAUUCUAUUCGUGGUCAGGCUGCUAUUAAGCUCUACGUCAUAUUUAAUGUACUUGAGAUACUAGAUAGAUUGUUCUGUUCGUUUGGAGGAGAUAUAUUGGACUCUCUUUUUGCCAAAUCAACGUUGUGUUCUGACCAUAGAGCUGCUUCAACUAAACAACGUCUUAGACCAGCAAUGUUUUUUGGGAUUGCUUUUAUAUAUAUAUCGGCACAUACAAUAAUUUUAUUUUACCAGGUUAUAACUCUUAAUGUCGCGAUAAAUUCCUAUUCGAAUGCUCUCUUGACCCUGCUAUUGUCAAAUCAAUUCAUAGAGAUAAAGGGGUCCGUUUUCAAGAGAUUUGAAAAAGAGAAUUUGUUUCAGUUGAGUUGUGCCGAUAUAGUAGAGAGGUUUCAGCUGUCAAUGUUCUUGACGAUAAUCACUGUUCGUAAUCUAGUUGAGCUUACUGGAAGUCCCCAGUCUACAUUUUCAAUACUCCCGGCAUCAUUUAUACCAUUGUUUCCGUUUAUGAGUAGACUGGAAACACUUCUUACUCCAGUCGUGAUUGUCAUGGUCUCUGAGCUAAUUGUCGACUGGCUGAAGCAUGCUUUUAUCACAAAGUUUAAUCAGAUCAGACCUAGCGUAUAUUCAAAGUAUAUAGAUAUACUAUGUCGGGAUUUAGUACUUGGUAGUCCCCGUACUCAUUCGGAUACGAAUGCCGCAAUAAUGAAACAGAAACCUCCAAUAGAUCAAUCUUCGAUACUUUCGCGACGUAUUGGAUUUGCGGCCCUGCCACUUGCAUGUCUGUUGGUUCGGAUGACAAUACAGACGUUCAGUAUGAUAUCCGAAUUGAGCGCAGAUAUGGAAGAUGCCAAUUGUGACACUUCACUACUCACCAAAGUUGCUCAAUCAGGGUUUGCUCGUCCCUUGCUGCUAAUUGCAUUAUUUCUAAUUAUCGUGCUAUUGAAAAUUAUGGUUGGAGUUUAUUUAAUGGAUUAUGCGAAACGUCGGUACACGACAAUGGAAAAACGCAUGGAAAACGAACAAUUAAAGCAGGUUGAUGCUGACAAGGAGGUCAAGAGAUUCAGAGCUAAUUUCUUCGAUAAUCCCGAAGACAACGUGUAUGGAAAGGAGAAACCAGAAGUCACGUUAGAUAAUAUCGAACGAUACACUUUAUUCAAAAGUCGAAUACCAUAG